UAGACCAGGAACCCCAAACAGCUGAUUGGAGGAGGAGCAGACGACGGCGACUGGGGCAGCAGAUCUGACACCCCGGGCCAAGAAGUAAAAAUAGACCGGAAUAUCCUGCCCAGUUUCUGCCGGAUUCGCGAGUGAGGCCUGGUCUAUCGUGAGGGAGCUUCCUUUCCCUCUCUUGCUCUUCUUUCUCCUCCCAUUUGACCUCUGAGGACACUUUUUGGAACGCAUUCAGUAUGGAGCUUCAGUUAGUGGAUCAGUUACGAGAAAAGCUUGAGAAAGCCAAGCUGUCUCGCGAUGAACUCCGACGAAUUUUCCCACCGACCUUGUUCAAGAAGGAUAGUCACUCGGCCCCACCCUACGUUCCAUACUCCUUUCAGAAACAGAAGUUGGAAGCAUUGAAGAGGCUUAACCAGCCUGGCGUUCCAGUUAAACCAAGAAUUCCGAAAAGUCAAGUGAAGAGAUACCUCGAAGAGUUUGCGCAAGCAAAGGCUGCUGGGAGGUUUGCUCACUUGCCUGUGGAUCAGUUAGAAAAACUCGAGAAAGAGGUUAAGGCAGCAGCUUCAGAUGCAGACAAAGCUUCAGAGCUUGAAGAGUUUCUAAGGGCUGUUAGGGAGGAAGAAGCUAAAACAAAAGAGGUGAGGGAGGCCCUGGAAGGCAGCCAACAAUUUGUGCCAGAGGAAGAGGACGGCGAAGAUUUUGAGAGACGACCAAUCCCAACUUUUGAAGCUAAGUUUUCUUCUGAGGGACAUCAGUCCUAUUUUGAAGUCCCAAGGGAGGAAAUAAUCCCACCCCCUCCCGAAUUUCCCGAAGAUCCUUGGCAAGCUUUCUUAGACUACAUGGCGGCUACCGAAGGGCAAGAUGUUCAAGUCAGGCUGGGCCAGGAAGGCCAGGUCAUUGAGCGAGGCAUGCACAAAGGAAAGGGCAUCGCCGUGUUAACCAGUGGUGGUGACUCGCAGGGUAUGAACUCAGCUGUGCGUGCUGUUGUGCGCAUGGGUCUGUACGUAGGUGCCAGAGUUUAUUUCAUCAAGGAAGGUUAUCAAGGUAUGGUUGAUGGAGGGGAGAAUAUUGUUGAGGCGUCGUGGUCAACAGUGUCUGGAAUUAUCCACAAGGGUGGUACAGUUAUCGGUUCUGCCAGGUGCAAAGACUUCCGUGAUCGGGAAGGUCGUAUGAAGGCUGCCAAGAAUCUGAUUAAACAUGGUAUCACCAAUCUUGUAGUGAUUGGUGGUGAUGGCUCCCUCACAGGUGCUAAUCUCUUCAGACAAGAUUGGACAGCUCUUUUAGCUCUCCUUAUCAAGAAGGGUGACAUUACUGAAGAAGAAAGACAGAAAUACAGUUCCAUAAACAUUGUUGGUAUGGUUGGUUCCAUUGAUAAUGAUUUUUGUGGUACUGACAUGACAAUUGGCACGGAUUCUGCCCUCCAUAGAAUUAUUGAGGCUGUUGACGCAAUUUCAUCUACUGCCUAUUCUCAUCAGCGUUGUUUCAUCUUAGAAGUUAUGGGCAGACAUUGUGGGUAUUUGGCCCUAGUGGCAGGUUUGACAUCAGAGGCAGACUAUAUUUUCAUUCCUGAAAAUCCCCCACCAGAGAAUUGGGGGGAGAAGCUCUGCAGUAAACUGCAGCAGGAAAGAUCCAUGGGUCAGCGUUUGAACAUCAUCAUUGUAGCAGAAGGUGCUAUUGACAUUGAAGGCAAUCCCAUUUCAGCUGAGGGUGUCAAAAAGGUUAUUGUUGACCAGCUUGGGUUUGAUACACGCAUUACCGUACUUGGUCAUGUUCAGCGUGGUGGUUCUCCAUCUGCAUUUGAUCGUCUCUUAGGUUGCCGUAUGGGUGCUGAAUCUGUGUUGGCCCUUAUGGAAGCUACUCAAGAAACCGAACCAUGUGUCAUAUCCUUAGAUGGUAAUCAAGCAGUAAGAGUGCCCUUAAUGGGCUGUGUGUUGAAGACCCAAGCUGUAGCUCAAGCUAUGAAGGACCGUAACUGGGAUCAGGCUGUCCAGAUGAGAGGAAGGAGUUUUGCCCGUAACUUGGAAACUUACAAAAUGCUGACCAGAUUGAAGCCACCAAAGCCAGUAGAAGGACAGACAGGACUCAUUCGGCAAAACACUGUUUGGGACAGAGACGAAGUCUUGGGUGGAUUCAACUUAGGUAUAAUGCACAUUGGUGCUCCAGCUUGUGGCAUGAAUGCCGCCGUGCGGUCGUUCGUACGUAACUGCAUUUACAGAGGCGAUACAGUUUAUGGUAUCCACGAUGGUAUUGAUGGACUUGUUGAAGGAAAUGUUCAGGAAAUGAAGUGGGCUGAAGUUACAGGAUGGGUAGGCCAGGGUGGUGCAUUCCUUGGUACAAAGAGGACCCUCCCCGACAAGUAUCUUGACCAGGUUGCUGCUCGUUUAAGGGAAUACAAGAUGCAUUCUCUUCUCAUCAUUGGUGGUUUUGAGGCUUAUCAUGCUCUGCUGCAGCUUUAUGAAGCAAGAGGAAAAUACAAAGAGUUCUGUAUUCCCAUGGUUGUUAUUCCAGCCACAAUCAGUAAUAAUGUUCCUGGUAGUGACUUCAGCUUGGGCUGUGAUACUGCUCUUAAUGAAAUCACUGAGAUUUGUGACAGGAUCAGGCAGUCAGCCCAGGGAACCAAAAGACGUGUGUUCGUAGUUGAAACCAUGGGUGGCUACUGUGGAUAUUUGGCAACGCUGGCUGGUCUUGCUGGUGGUGCUGAUGCAGCCUACAUUUAUGAAGAACAGUUUGGCAUCCAGGAAUUGCAGUUGGAUGUUUAUCACAUGGCAGCCAAGAUGGCCGAAGGUGUGCAAAGAGGCCUUGUAUUGAGGAAUGAAAAUGCAAAUGACAAUUAUACAACAGACUUUAUCUUUAAGUUAUACUCUGAGGAAGGCAAAGGCAUUUUCAGCUGCAGAAAGAAUGUUUUAGGUCAUAUGCAGCAAGGUGGUUCUCCAUCAGUGUUUGAUCGUAACAUGGGCACAAAAACUGCAGCAAAAGCAGUCACGUGGAUGACUGAACAGAUGCUAAAGCACAGACAAAGUGAUGGGUCAGUGUUUUGUGAUGAAGCCAAUACUGCUGUUCUUCUUGGUUUACAGAAGAGGCAAUAUGUAUUCCAACCUGUGGCUGAACUCAAGCUAUCAACUGACUGGGAACACCGCAUCCCAGUCAACCAGUGGUGGUUGAAGCUUCGUCCCUUGCUUCGUAUCUUGGCAAAGCAUGAUGCCGCAUACCAAGAGGAGGGCAUUAACGUCAAGGAGGUCGAAGAAGCUCUGGAUUAAGAUAGUGAUUAGUUUUUAUGUAUCCCUUGGCUUUUCUGAUUUCUGUGGUCAUAUCUGAAAUAUCUAUCCCCAAAAUGAUAUUCCUACCAGUUCUGUGAAGUAUUACAGUAAAAUUUUAAGGUAACUAGGAGAUUAGAAAUGCACUGUAUAGUAAUCAGGAAAUAAAAAAGAUUUUGUAAAUAGAAUGCUUAUACUAUAGAAAUGGAAGUUGCAGUUAUUCUGGCAAAUAAUUGUAGUAUGUUACAUGUUUUUAUUAUGCAUUGUUAUUUCUUUUUAUACUGUAUAGACCUUUCUUGAAGAUUGCCAGAUAAUUUACAGUGUCAUGUAAAGUAUUUCUGAAUGCAUUAUUUUUUAAAAGUUCAUUAUGGAAAGCUAUUUUUAAGGAUAUCAGUGUAGGAAACUGUGCCAUUUAAUCACUUUUUAUUUUCAAGGAACAAAAUUUACACCGAAACUUGAGAUGACAAUCCAGUUUUAAGGUGUUGUGAUCUAGUCAUAUACAGGGAUUUAUAUAUAAGUUGAUUCUAUAUGCAUUCUUUUUCUCUUAUGUGGUUUUAUGCAACUUGUGAAUUUUAAAGGUAGAACCACUAUUUUUGGUUUUGUCAUUUGAAAAAAAUUAUAUUUUAAGUUUUUAAAGUUUCUUUAUUAAAACAUGAUUUAUACUAGUAGAUAUGUACCUCUAACAACUGGCCCAAGUCAUUUAUUACAUAAUAUUUAUCUUUGUUUUUAAAAAAUCUUUUUAUUUAGAGAGAAUACUGUUAAAAUGGAAUAUCUUUGUUUUUAAAAAAAUCUUUAGAGAGAAUAUUGUUAAAAUGGAAUAAAUUCUUUUUUGUAAUGAGGAAUGCUGUACUCUUCUCAAAACCUUCACAUGGGUAAAUUAACUUAAUCUUAAGCUAAUGAGGUCAUUUCUGAUCUAUGCAAGAACUGGGAAGAGUGUAUGUUGAGUUUCAUCACUGUUAUGAGAUCCACUUCCAGUUUAGUGUGUUGUCAGAUAAGUCAGAGUAAAUUAAGUUCCAAACGGA